UGCCUUGCCAGCAUGAAGUACUCGACCCUGGUAAUACUGGGCCUGCUCUUGGCCCUGGCCUUCGUGGUUGAGGCCAAGUCCAAGUCCAAGAAACAGAAAAACAAACAGAAGCAGAAGGUUCUUCCCCUGGCAGAGCCCUGUAGGCCGGAGAACUGUAAGCUUCCCGAGUGCCGCUGUUCGGAUGCCGUGCUGCCCAGGUCCAAGUUUCAGGGCAAGGAGAGCGAGAUCCCCCAGUUUGUGACCAUCACCUUCGAUGAUGCCGUCAAUGCCGUCAACUACGCCCAGUAUGAACUGCUUUUCGAUGGACUGAUCAAUCCCGAUGGGUGUUCGGCGGCCGGAACCUUCUUCCUUUCCCACGAAUACACCGACUACGUCCGUGUCAACGCUCUCUACCGGGCGGGCCAUGAAAUCGCCCUGCAUUCGGUGACCCACGGCGAUGGUACCGACUACUGGCGGUCUGCGGAUGUGGCCACCAUUGAACGCGAAUUCGGGGCCCAGCUGAAGAUGCUGAAGGCCUUUGCCAAAGUGGAUCCCAAGGAUGUUCAUGGCAUGCGACUUCCCUUCCUGCAGAUUUCUGGAAAUAAUACCUUCGAGGCUGCCCGUCGUUUGGGCUUGAGCUACGACAGUUCCUGGCCCACGCAGCAGUUUAAGGAUCCUGCCAUGUGGCCCUACACCCUGGACUACCAAUCGAAGCAGGACUGUCAAAUCGGACCCUGCCCGGAGGCCUCUAUUCCCGGGCUCUGGGUCAAUCCCAUGGUCACCUGGACGGACACCGAGGGCUACAGCUGCUCCAUGAUCGAUGCGUGUGUUUAUCCGCCGGAGGACAAGGUGGACGACCUCUUCGACUGGAUGUUGGAGAACUUCAACCGCCACUACGAAGGCAGCCGUGCCCCAUUCGGAAUGUACUUGCACGCAGCCUGGUUUUCGCGAGGACGCAGUUACUUCGGAGCUUUCAAAAAAUUCAUCCACCAUUUAAACACCUACCCAGAUGUCUAUUUCACCGGAAUUUCCCGCAUGUUGGAGUAUGUUAAACGUCCCGUUUUGGGAGCUCCCUUCCAGGAAUGCCCGGAACUGCCGGAGACCGAGUGCCGGGCAGUGCAGUGUCAUGUCCAGAAGCUAUCCACCGGCGAGGACCGCUACAUGACGGUCUGCGACAAGUGUCCUGCCGUCUACCCGUGGCUGGACAAUCCGCUGGGCGAACAGCGGUAAGCCCCCAAGCCUAUUUGGCCA